AUGGCCGGGUCAUACACCGUGUCGGCCGCCAUCCCCCCGAGUCUGCAGUGCCCGCCGUCGCAGUUCCUCUCGGCGCGGCCGCACGUGCAGCGCCUCAUGGCCGCGGCCAUGGUGUUCCGGGCACCGGCGCCGGCGCAGAUGCUCCUCCUGCGCCGGGCCCCGAGCGACACCUACCCCCUGCGGUGGGAGGUCCCGGGGGGCACGACGUCGGACCGCAAGGACGGGAGCGUGCUGGACGGCGUGCGGCGCGAGCUGUGGGAGGAGACGGGGCUGCGGGCCCGCGGGAUGCUGUGCGUCGUGGGGAUGGCGCCGCCGGGCCCGGGGGCCACGGGGGCCACGGGGUCCCCGGGGGGGGCCCGCGAGGCCGCGAGGGAGGAGGCAGGCGACGACGCGAGGACGGUGACGUUCUGGGAGCCGGACGGGGGCCGGGGCGAGGGCAGGCUGAGGUGGGGCAAGGUGACGGUUGUGGUGGACGUGCACGAGGACUUGGACGGCGGGGGCGUGGUGAGGCUGGACGAGAGGGAGCAUGACCGCUGGGCGUGGGCGACGCGGGCCGAGGUCGAGGCUGGCCGGUGGGCGGACGGCGAGGAGAUUGGGUUCGUGAGCGAGGGCGGCCGGAGGAGUAUCCUGGAAGGGUUCAGGGUGUACGAGGAGAGGGAGGGGGAGGAGACGGGGGAGACGGGGGAGACGGAGGGGAAAGAGGAGGAGGAGGAGGAGGAGGAGGAGACAGACGCCCCGAGGCUAAUGGCCAAGUUUGGGGGCAAGGCGAACAAGGGGCCUUGA